AAAUUAUUAUGCUCAAUUCUUAACCGGCUUAUCUUGUUGUACCUAAAACAACUACAUAUGUGAGUGAUGGAUAGUGUACCCGGGGGAUAGCUUAUCCGAGGGGUUAUUACGGGGAAUAACUAGAGAGAAGUCAGAGCAAAUGAGUAUAGAGAGAGUAUAUUAGAAAGUAUUCAGUGUUUUCAGCGUGUUGUGUCUUGGUUACAAAUGGGGAAAUGGGGUGCUAUUUAUAGUAGUAAUAAAUGCCAGACAGGGACACGUGUCAAGCGUCCAUUGGCCGGGAGGUCACCUCAACUGGUUGGCACUGGCAUUCGCAUGUGGCCGCAUUUAAUGCGGCUGUUGGAUGGGACGUCGUACUGGGUACGGUGAUCCAUACGCAUGUGGAGCGGAUAUUAUGUCAGAAAAGGUGCCCUCGGCUGUAGAGGACUAGCCGAGGGCUCUGAGUAUCGGGGACCUCCUUAGUGUCGAGGGCUCUAGUUGCCGAGGGCUAUUGAUUUUCGCCGUUUUUCCCAGUAACUUUGUUUUCCUGUUUCGACCCUCCUGUGAGAAUUAGGGCCUUCGGGCAGGGGGCCGAAGGCACCCCUGGUACUCUGGGCGCAUUGUGGGCUGCUUGGUACUCUGGGCGCCGUGAUUUGGGCCUGUUGUGCUUCCUGGGCCUAUUGGGCCUUUAUUGGAGUAGUAGGAGUCUGUGGACCGGGGGUUCCCGGGCCAUAUACUCCAUCAGGAGUCCCUCACUCCUUUUGCUGAAAGGUACUUGAGGGAAAAGGAGUAAUUGUGUUUGUCCUUUGCCGUUGUUCCGUUGUAGUUUGUGGUGUUGUGGGUAGUUUGCUGUUUGUUUAUUCUGCCGAGGGCAGUCCCUCAAUUACCCACAUGUCGGGACUUGAGGGGUCAUGUUUGUGAUUUUUGUGAAUUUUCCCGAGGGGGGUCUCCAGUCCCCCACUCCUUGAGGCACUUGCAAAGUGGUGAGAAGGAGUAUAGUAAUCAUGUUGCUGCUUUGGGCCGAAGGCUGACGCUUUUCGUUUCAUUUUGGGGGGAUGCCUCGUUAAAAAUCUCAUUAGGAAAAACCCUGUGGGAAAAAAUCCUAAUGAGGGAAAAAGAGUGCACCGAAUUCCCCCAAUGAUGAAUCGAAAACGUGAAGCCCUAGUUCGAAAUAGAGUACAAUGCUGAUGCUGAUGGCUAUCCUUGUUCUGAGGGCGCCUGUGUUGAUUAGCCGGAGGCGUGCUGUUGAUAUCCUGGGAGGUGCCGAAGGGGAGUCCCUCAAUAUGGGGAUCGAGGGCGUGAUGAAUGUGAGUAGUAGCUGAAGUGUUACCGGGGUGUCCCCUGUUUGCUGAUUAGUUGGUGAGGAGGGUAUCCGAGGGCUCCCAUUACCUGCGUGUCGUAGGCUAUCUGUCAAUGAGGCGUACUCCCCGGGGGCUACCCUGUCCUCAAAGCACUGAGGGGGGAUCCCCGAGGGGUGUGACUGUUAUGAAGCCGUGGGCUUUUAAGGGGGUGGGCCCGAAGGCAUUUGUUAUGUAGUGUGUGGGGCACAAACCGGGAGCGUCUCUGGGUAAGUGUACCCGGGGGCUAUUCUUGAUGAAGUGUAGUGAAGUAAAAAGCUCGGGGGCUAGUUCCUUGGUUGAUGAAGGAGUGGGCUGUUAAACAUAGCCGGAGGCUCCCAGAAUAUAGCCGUUGUGAAUAUAGCCGUUGUGAAUAUAGCCGUUGGAAUACCUAACGUCAAAAUAUAGCCGUUGGGGGGGGCUUCCACGUGGUGCGUGUUCGUUGGCUGCCCGUGGGCGGGUGUCACCGAUUGGGCGAAACCACGGUUUGUGAUGAUGGCAGUUCAACCGGAGGCCCGGUUUCCAGGCCCAAGCCUGGAUCCAGGCGCCUAUAAAUACCCCAUGGCCGGGCAUCACUUCCCUUGUGCGAUAUCAUUGUAGCGAAGCUCUGCUCAAAUUUCUAGAGAGAGAAAAUCCAGCCUUCGGUUGAAUCCCCGGCUUUUUAAGGUUAGUUCCCACCUGUUCCUCUCCUCUUAGUUAGUUGUGCCCUGUGUCCUUAGGCUAGGAGUUAGAACUUAGAAUACUUAGCAUUUCCGAGCCCUCGACCUAGUGGAAAGAUGUCCUCUCAGAGUGAUUCUCAGGACAUAUCGAGGGAUCCCUCGAUGGAAGAGGAGAGCUUCUCGGAUGCAGGGUCCUCGAGCGACCAACCCUCGGCCAAGGAGGAUAUCGCGAUGGCCAUGGAGGUGCAGAAGGAGUUAGUGGCUGAAGUUGAAGCCGAGGGCUUCGAGCAAGAGGCGGAGGAUGAAGAGCUUGUUCUCGCCGUACAAGUUGCAGAGGAGGAGGAGGGGAAGGAGAGGAUGAGGGUGACAAUGGCUGUCCCUCCCCCUCGGGGUGCUGGUGAGGCAGGGAGCUCUCGGCCCCUCAACCCGACGCUGAUAAGAGUGGCCCCCGGGAAUAAAUAGGAGAAGAAGAAAGCUGCUCCCAAGAAGAAGUGUGUCGUUGCUGAUCAAGGGAAGCCCAUCGAUAUGCCCGAGGGGUACUCCUGGCUGAAUAUUGCUGCCCUCGAGAUAGGGUCGAAGGCUAACAGGGAAGAUCUAUACGUGACUCAGCUGCACGUGGGGCCUUCGGUUGUGGUGGUGGCGCCAGGUCCUGAUGAUGUGCUCCUGAGGGCUCCCGAGGAUUACAUUGCCGUGCACAUUCUGUUAGUAUCAAUGGGGCUCCGGUUCCCCCCUACACCCAUUCCUUCGGGAAUACCUUCGGUAUGUGGGUUUGGUCCCCUGCUAGUUGACGCCCAAUAGCCACUCCUACGUGGCGGGUUUUCUGAAUCUCUGUCGGGCCCGAGGGGUGACUCCCAGCCUGGACUUGUUUUUUCAGAGCUUCAACCUCUGCCGAGGGGGUCAUGCGAAUGCCGAGGGCUUCGCUAAUCUGCAGCAGAUAGCCUGGUGGAAGCUAUUCACGGAAGCGCCCUCGUCUAAUAAAGGCUGGAAGGAGCGGUGGUGCUAUGUCAGGAUUGCUGAGAGCCCAUUCCUGAUGGAACUCCGGGAUCGCUUCCGUCGGCAUCCGAAGGUUAGGAACGCUGCUCUGGAGAAGGCUGGCAUGAUAAUAACCAAGAUCCCGGAGGGUCGUACGAAGCAAGUGUCCAUUAAGGACUUUACUGCCGACAAGGAGCUUUUCGCCCUCGGCUUCCGCAGAUAUCGCUUCCUCGGCGAGACAGACGAGAAAUAUCCUGUGUUGGCAGGAGGUAGUAGCCGAGGGCUUCCUGUUUUGUACUUAGGAUUUUUUCCUCUUUUUUUUGCCCUUCGGUCUAACCCUUUUUUUCUUGUUGGCAGGUGUGAACAUGGACGCCAGUAAGCUCUUCGCUUUGAAGAAAAAGAAGGGCAAGGCCCAAGCCUAGAAGAAGGAUCCCUCGGUCCAGCAGCCUGUGGAAGCCUUCUUUCAGAAGGAGACUCUGGAGCCCUCUGCUACGGAGGGAGUUACCGGGGUGGCCGAGGGGGGCACCAAAAAGAAAAAAGGCAGCAAGGCGGUUGAGGCCCCUGCUAAGAAGCAGAGGGGUACAGGGGGCACUGUCGGCCAGGAUGCCCCGCUGGUGAUCAUUGAGGACCGCCCUUCUCCGGAUCCCCCGGUCGGUGCUGCGGCGACAGCUCAAAUCGAUCUUCCCUUGGGAAGCCUCCCCCGGGAGAUUCUGCAGCUUUCCUUGGCCCCAGGGGCUUCUGUGCUACACGGCUCAGCAGAGCCGAAGGCCUUCCUGAGGGGGAUGACCUCGGCGAUGGAUAAGGCCGCCCUCUCGACCUAUGACGACGCGGCCCUUGAGAACAAGAUCCUUUUAUCUUUGUUAGCUGCUUGUGUAGCCCUCGGGGAGCAUGCUCAGAGACUCGAGCAAUGGCGCCUUCAGAAAGCGGAGCAGGAUCGGGAGAUGAAGGAGCUUAUCCUGAAGAACUCCGACGCUGUGAAGCAGAUGGCCUUGCUGGAGGAAGAUCUCUGGAAGGCUGCCGAGGGUGCCGAGCUGAAGGCUAAGGCCGCUGUGGAGGAGGCCAGGCUCGAGGCCGAGAGGGCCGCCAAGAAAGCUGUCGAGGAGGCGGAGCUUGCCGAGGCUGUCGCCAAGGCCCGAGAGGAGGUUGUUGCCGCGUUUAUGGCCGAGGGCUGGAAAACCGAAGACAGGCGACAGUGGGUGGCCUCAGUCGUAGAGUCUUCGGUUGAUGACUGGGUGAAGGGCCCCGGGGCCGACUGGAUGGCAGAGAGGGGCGACAACUAUUACCGGGGGGCGAGUUCUUCACCCAGCAUCUGGUGUACCGGAGGCUCGCCAGGCACUUCAAAGUCCCCCUCGAGGAGUUCGACCCCUCGGCAUAUGGCCUUCCUGCUUUGCAGCCAGAUGUAAGAAACCCGCUCCCCCCGGGUGAAGAGAGGCCUGUGAUCCACGACUCCAUGAGAUGGGGGGAUCCGGUGAUGGCGAUGCCGAGGCUGCCAUCGGGGAGGAGGUCACCUCGAAGCCCGCCGAGGAGGCAGCAGCUAAAGGAAAUAUUUGUACUUAGCAGCUUUUGAACACUCCUUUUUUUAUGUGAUGGGUAUUGUAUUCCCUCGGCCUCGGCCCAUUUGUAAUGUACAUUUGAAUUUCCUUUCUUUGAUGAAUGAGUACGUGCCU